AUGUCCCUUAUCGAGACUCACCACCUCUCCUACCUCCCUGAAUCCCACCCGGUACAUGUCGCGCUGUAUCGCGAUCUGCAGAAUGCAUCCUUUCUCCGGGAACAGCUUCUAGCUGGAAACACUGAAUUUGAGUAUGCAUUCAUUGAUGCCAGCAUGAUCUUCUCCCGAAAUCAUAUUUUUGCAGCAAUAUUCAGAGCAGUUCGCGAUUACAUCAAUAACCGUCUGAAAUCGAAAAAUGUUCACUCGGAAAUAGUAUUCUCGCUAGGAGGUAGCAACAAUAUUGCCGAUGCAUUUCGCAGAUUCGGCAUAUCAGAGAGCACGCGAGAUCUUCUCGUGGUAAAAGUUUCAACCGCACCAGAGAUCACUCACGAGAGUGUAUCCAAACAUCUGGAGCACAACGUCAAAGCUCUCCCUUGCCCUUUUACAGAGGAGUCCUUGGCUUCAAUGACCGAUAGGGCGAGGCUAAUGAAAGUAUACAAGUUUGGCUCGGUCGGAGCUGACACGUUUAAAAGGUUGGACGAGGUUGAGCAAGGCAAGAACGGAAGUGAAACAACAAAGGAGGCCGCCAGGAAACACAUUGAUAUGCUUCUGAUGGGGGCAAUAGCUAUAAGAGGUGCGACAUGA